UUUUUAGUCUUCUCACAUUUGUAAUGAGUUAGAUGCUAAUAUUUUGUUCAUUUUGUAAAUUAUAUUUUUAUAAUUAAAAUGUUAAUAAUAUUAAAUUUUUCAGAAAUAAAAGAUAAAAUGAAAAUCAGACAUUUGUCGAAAAUUUGAUAAAUUUCAGGUGAAAUGAACUAAGUGAUUUUGUAUCCUGAAGCAGCUAAACCCCAGGUUAAAGGGAUUCCUGUAAAGUUUAAAGGGAUUGUAUCUCUGAAAUUUAGAAAUGUGGAACAGUGUAGUGGUAACCUGUCCACAUCAACAUUGGUGUACACCACUAGAGAAUAUAUUCAAGGAUCUGAAGACGGAUUUGCUGUUGGUAGUCCCUGAUCCUGAUCAUGAGGGGGCUGGUGUAGGUAGUGGUGGAGCUACCCUCAACGCACUCCUUGUAGUCGUAGAACAUCUUUCUGCUAGGAAAGGGUUUACUACACUUGAUUCCGACCUGCUCAGUGAUUCCAAGAUACUAAUCCUUCAUGUUGGUCCUUCCCUUCUCCCUCUUCCCUCUGCUCUCCUAUACACGGAUACAGGAUCGAAUGGACUGCCUAGAACGAAUAUUGAACGAAUUCUCUCUCUAGUAGAAGAUUUGGAAGUACCCGGAGAAGGAGUUAUGGUUGCAGGGACAGAUAUUUUUCUUCAAGGGGAGUUAAAUGUUUCGAAAGGAAUUGAUUACUCCGGAGAUAUCUCCUUGUUUUCCGUCCCGUCUUCCCUCCACUACGCGACCCAGCACGGAGUUGCAGUCUCCGGAUCAAACUCAGUUCUGCAAAAUAUUCUGUAUCAACCUGAUAAGAAUGAGAUUGAGAAAUUUUGUCAAGACGGAAUGGUUAACAUCUUAAGUGGUCUUCUUUGGUUCUCUCCCAAGGUUGCUGAGACGUUGGUUAAACUUCACUGCCUGACCCCCCUGGAUGGAUGUACAUAUAUGGGUGCAGAUAGCGGGGAAACUUCUCUAAAAAUAUCCUUGUACUAUGAUAUUCUUACCGCCUGCUGUACACAGGUUUCCUUUGCGGAUUUUCUCAUCGGAAAUUGCGGGAAAACUUUGUUCCGUGGCCGCCACUCCUCCCCAGCCAUGGUGGCGGCUCGGAAACAUGUUUGGGCAGAGAUGAGAGAGUUUCGGAUUGUGGAAAAUGUUCUCAAGGGACUGGAGCAUAAAUAUCUUCCUCCUUGGGAAAGUUUGGACGAAUCAGAACUGAUUAUUCAGUGUAAAUUAAUUCAUCCAUACACAUUUGGAAAUACAAGUUUGGUUUUCAGAUUAGGAGAUUCUAUAAUCUUUGAUUCUUCCAUCAAGGAUACAUCCUGCAAACUUGUGAUGGGAUACACUGCCAAUUUGAAGGAAGAGAGCAGUGUAAUGUUGAAUAUUUGCAAAGAUCCUGUGAAUAUUAUUUACAAUGUCUCUGGAACCCUGGUUUCUGUUAUCUUCUCAUUGACGGAUAAAUUUUUUGAGCCAUGUAAUGGUCAUGGAGGUCAGCUGUUCGGGAUACCAUGGACUGAUGCUUUAAACCAGCUUAAUCUAACCCCAGAGCAAGUUUGGAAUAAUAUUUCGGAUAAUUUUCGGACAAUGUAUACUGCUAAGCUUUAUAGGGUUAACGGGGAACUCCAGAGUCUGGAGUUUAUCACUUCUAACCAUGAUAUAGGAGUUUCUUUGGCAACCAGGUCAUCACUGCACCAGGAGAUGGUUUGUAGGAGUUUAGAGGAGACUGGAGAACUUAUCAACCCUACCAAGUAUACUGAUAUCUUUAAUCUUGCCGUGAAAGAUGGUUGGAGCACUGUUUUGCUCCAGGUCUUAGAUAAGAUGGCACUUGCGGAUUCAGCAACCAAGGACCUGGCAGAGCGAACAAGUAGGCUUGCCUUUAUCUUGGCUAUGACUGCCGAUUUACUUGGAUGCAUGGCAAAGGGCGAAGGGGGGUUACGAAGCGGUCCAGCAAAUAAUAAGGAUUUUUCUCAUGGGUUUAGUUUGAUGGAGAAAGGAGAAUAUGUAGAUGGAUUGAUUGCUUUAACCAAGGCUAGAUCUUUAUGGUUGGAUAGACCAGUAAGGAUGGUUCGUGCUGCUCGUCAUUACGAGGGCGUGGUUCAACUUCUUAUCAGGAGAACAGUCAUGUCUGCAGAAUCCCAGAUCAUGGUUGAUCUUAGUGCUGCAGAGGCUAGGCCGGACAUGGAGAAGGAGAUUAAGAUUCAAUGUCCUGCCAGGUUAGAUCUCUCCGGAGGAUGGACGGAUACGCCACCAAUAUGCUACGAACUUGGAGGUAAGGUUGUGGAUCUAGCAAUAACCCUAAAUGGGAAGAAGCCUAUUGGUUGCCUUGUGCGGAGAAUACCUGAACUACAGAUAGAAAUAGUCCUGGAUGAAGGAGAGGUUGUGUUCAUCAGAUCACACUCCGAUCUGGAGAAUCAUUGUAACCCAACCGCAAAGGGAGCCCUGGUCAAAUGUUGUCUGAUUUCAGCAAAACUUUUAAGUUUGGAAAGCAAUGAUUCAGUUCAAGUUCAGUUGAAGAAUAUUCUUGGCUCAGGAUUAAGACUGAAACUGUGGUCUGAACUCCCCCAAGGGAGUGGUUUGGGAACAUCUAGUAUACUUGCUGGAGCUGUGGUAGCAGGAUGUUGGACUGCAGUAGGUUGCAGGUUCUCUACUCGUGAUGUUGUUCAUGCUGUGCUUGUUGUUGAACAGCUGUUGACAACAGGAGGGGGAUGGCAGGAUCAGGUUGGAGGAUUACAUCCAGGCUUCAAUCUAGGGACAACACCACAGGAUCAUAAUGUUUCAGUAAGUGUCCAACCCUUUAAACCUUCUCCAGGAUUUAUCACUGCCCUGGAGAAGCGUCUCCUUGUCCUGUAUACCGGGAAACCCCGCCUGGCAAAGAACCUGCUUCAGAACGUGAUCAGAAACUGGUACAGUCGGGAACCAACGAUCUAUCAAUGCUUUCAGGAAAAUUACCGCCUGGCGGGAACCUGUUGGGAGGCGGUAACACAGGAAAAUAUUAACUGCCUCGGAGAUUGUUUGACUGAAUAUUGGCGGAUUAAGCGAACCCUGGCACCUGGAGCUGAACCGGAGCUUGUCAAGAAUAUCUUCACGGCAUUGGAACCCUACUCGGUUGGAGGAACACUUGCUGGAGCAGGUGGAGGAGGGUUUCUCACAGCUAUUCUUAAGGAAGAUGUGGAGAGAGAUGUUGUGGUUGCUGCUAUACUUGAUCUUCCGGGGAGCAGCAAGAUUCAAUUCUUUACUCCAGCAGUAGAUUUAUCAGGGAUGACUAUAAAGUACAUCUAGAACAGCCAUUUUAGCGAGUUCAGCUAGUACAUAUAGUACGGAUAGUACAGCUAGUACAUCUUGUAUACAUCUAGUAUGUACAUUGUACAUCUAGUAAAAUCUAGUCCGGGUAGAGCAGAAAAUUUACACGUUUUAUGAGUUAUUGUUUGUUUUUAUUUUAUUAGCAUUUUUUACUUUUUAUACAAGAUUUAUAAUAUUUGGUAGUUUUUGACACUUGCAUUACGCACAUGAUAUUUGCCUUUUUUGUUAUUAUAUUAUAUAUUUAACUGUUCUGUAUAUUCAUACACAAUUUUAUGUUUUCAUAUGCAUUUAUAUAUGUAUAUGCAGAUGAUAUUUUGUUGGGAAUACUUUAGUGUGAUAAAAUAUUGUGAUAUGUGUAACUAACAGAGAUAAAAUUGCAUUUAUAUUUGAUUUUGUUUUUACAGAAA